CCAGCCCACAAGGCUCCCUUUCCUUUUAGAUCCAUUCAAAAAUUACUCAUUGCAAAUUCCCGGACUGCUCGAGAGGCGAAGGAAGGGCUGGAGGAGAAAGGACUGCUGCGGGCGGCGCCGGGGGCUCCGGGGCCCGGCCGGAGGAGGCGGGUGGCGGCGGAUCGCGCGGAAGCGGCCAGCGGGCGCCGGGCUCGGGUGGCCUCACCAGGAAGCGGCGGAGUCCGGACGCGGGAGGCUCGGGGCGCCCGCCGCCCCCACCGAGACCCGCGCCGCGCUGCGCCCCUGGCCCUGGGCGAUGGCCGGGCUGUGAGCCGCGGACGGACGGCCGGCGCAGCCCCUCGGCAUGGCCGCGCGCGAGGAGCUGUACAGCAAAGUCACCCCGCGGAGGAGCCGCCAGCAGCGCCCCGGCACCAUCAAGCAUGGCUCGGCGCUGGACGUGCUGCUCUCCAUGGGGUUCCCCAGGGCCCGCGCGCAAAAGGCCUUGGCAUCCACCGGAGGAAGAAGCGUUCAGGCAGCAUGUGACUGGUUGGUUGUUCUCCCACGUGGGGGACCCCUUCCUGGAUGACCCCCUGCCCCGGGAGUAUGUCCUCUACCUCCGCCCCACCGGACCCUUAGCACAGAAGCUCUCCGACUUCUGGCAGCAGUCGAAGCAGAUCUGCGGGAAGAACAAGGCUCACAACAUCUUCCCCCACAUCACCCUCUGCCAGUUCUUCAUGUGUGAGGACAGCAAGGUGGACGCCCUGGGGGAGGCCCUGCAGACCACUGUCAGCCGCUGGAAGUGCAAGUUCUCGGCGCCCCUGCCCCUGGAGCUCUACACCUCCUCCAACUUCAUCGGCCUCUUCGUGAAGGAGGACAGCGCAGAGGUCCUCAAGAAGUUCGCCGCGGACUUCGCUGCUGAGGCCGCAUCCAAAACCGAAGUACAUGUGGAACCUCAUAAGAAGCAGCUGCACGUUACUCUGGCUUAUCACUUCCAAGCCAGCCACCUACCCACCCUGGAGAAACUAGCCCAGAACAUCGAUGUCAAACUAGGGUGCGACUGGGUGGCCACCAUAUUCUCUCGGGAUAUCCGAUUUGCUAACCAUGAGACAUUACAGGUCAUCUACCCCUACACCCCACAGAACGACGAUGAGCUGGAGCUGGUCCCGGGGGACUUCAUCUUCAUGUCUCCCAUGGAGCAGACCAGCACCAGCGAGGGCUGGAUCUACGGCACCUCCCUGACCACCGGCUGUUCUGGACUCCUGCCCGAGAACUACAUCACCAAGGCUGACGAGUGCAGCACCUGGAUCUUUCACGGUUCUUACUCCAUCUUAAAUACGGCAUCGUCCACCUCGCUUACAUUUGGUGAUGGCGUAUUAGAGAGGCGGCACUAUGAGGACCAGGGACUCGGAGAGACGUCGCCUCUCACUAUCAUCUGCCAGCCCAUGCAGCCUCUGAGAGUCAACAGCCAGCCUGGCCCUCAGAAGCGGUGCCUCUUUGUGUGCCGGCACGGAGAGAGGAUGGAUGUUGUUUUUGGGAAGUACUGGCUGUCUCAGUGCUUUGAUGCCAAAGGCCGCUACAUACGCACCAACCUGAACAUGCCUCACAGCUUACCUCAGCGGAGUGGUGGCUUCCGGGAUUAUGAGAAAGAUGCUCCCAUCACGGUGUUUGGGUGCAUGCAAGCAAGACUAGUGGGUGAAGCCUUAUUAGAAAGUAACACCAUCAUCGAUCACGUCUAUUGCUCCCCAUCCCUACGCUGCGUUCAGACUGCACACAAUAUCUUGAAAGGUUUACAACAAGAGAACCACUUAAAGAUUCGUGUGGAGCCUGGUUUAUUUGAGUGGACAAAGUGGGUUGCUGGGAACACGUUACCUGCAUGGAUACCUCCAUCAGAGUUAGCUGCAGCCAACCUGAGUGUUGAUACAACCUACAGACCUCACAUUCCAGUCAGCAAAUUAGUGGUUUCCGAAUCCUAUGAUACUUACAUCAGUAGAAGUUUCCAAGUAACAAAAGAGAUAAUAAGUGAAUGUAAAGGUAAAGGAAAUAACAUUCUCAUUGUGGCCCAUGCAUCUUCCCUGGAAGCAUGUACCUGCCAGCUUCAGGGCCUGUCACCUCAGAACUCCAAGGACUUCGUGCAAAUGGUCCGAAAGAUCCCAUACCUGGGCUUUUGUUCCUGUGAAGAAUUAGGAGAAACUGGAAUAUGGCAGCUGACAGACCCACCCAUCCUUCCUCUUACCCAUGGACCCACUGGGGGCUUCAACUGGAGAGAAACAUUGCUGCAAGAGUAAGCCCACAAGGGCUGAGAGAAUAAGACGUUUUGGAGAAGAAUCUUUUGGGUGUCCAGUAACAGUGGAAAACUCUGCACUGCAUUCUAAGUGGACAGCUCAAAUUUAACACACUUCCUUUCACGCUUAAGGUUCUUAUGGCGAGACUGCGUAAAUGAGCAAAAGACACAAUUCAGAGGGAGAAAAAUCCAUCCUCUUGGGACUGGACUCUUGCCUAGCUAACAGGGCUUUGGAGAAUUGUUUUCCUGAACCUGCGCCCGCUACAGCAGAGGCCCAUCCUCAUCCUCAUUCGGGCUAUGCAUGGCUAAGGAGCUUCACUUCUCCCCACCAGAGCAGCCAGCCCCUCUCAGGAGGGCUAUAGGAAGGAGUGUGUCCAGAAUCUAGUCUGGGAAUGGGACAUGCUUUUGAACUCCAUUUUCAAUUUAGUCCAAACCAAGCUGAGAAAUCCUGCUAAGGUUACUAGAAAACAUGGCCCCCAGAGAGUUGUCCUUAGCCUACACCUCAAAUUGUAUCCUCAGUGGACUCCAUACGUUAGCAUUGCUGACUCCCAGACACCCGCUUAAGGAGUCUAACGUUUGCCCUGGUACUUUCUCAUUUUCUCCUGGUGGGGAGGUGGGGUGCCUUCCUGCUUCUACCUGUGAAAUGGGGAGAGAAAGCACAUCUGCUCUCCAAAACACUUUUAGAUCCUCCAGAGGAAGAUAAGAUAAAUGUGAGACAUAUUCAAGGUAGAUGCAGAGAACUUGCAAAAUACAAAGUAUGUUGGAAUUACCUGUGUUGCAGCCUAAUGAGCCGCAGCACUUCUGAGUCACCAAGAUUUGCUUGUCUUUGCCCCUAGACCUUGACAGUGUUAGUUAAGGAGGCUGACAUUUUGAAAGGAUGUAUGUUGACUACAUUAUUUGGAUCAGCAAGAACCUCAUUCUGUGCAGUGUGCACAUCUUGACAAACCAUAGCAAGGGCCAGGUUGUGGUGUUCUCCCAGUACAUGCCAACCAAACAGAAGGUCCAGAGAUGCACCAGUUGUACCAGGGAUGUAUAACGAAGUCAGGGAACUAAUUUAACGGAUGACAGUCAUGGCUGCACUGCUCCUUGUGCUGUCCUCUUUCUGUUUGUCUUUCUAUGAUAAUUUAAAAAUCUGUAGGAGGUAGCGCUGUUUGAAGAAAGCUGGAGAGUCACAUCCUGGUUUCUCCUUACAGCUACUUCCUGUAUUUAGAAGGAGCUUAUUUAAAAGAAAAAUAAAUGACAAUCAAACCAAAACAUCAGUUAUCAACGUCUAUUUAAUUGUGUGAGUAGCUAACUGUUAGAGCCACAGACAGUGUUCUGGUAUGAUAUAAUUCACCAAAUAGAAUGUGUGUGCAAAGUAAAAUCCCGAUCAUUUAAAGGGAAUAUUAGUGUUAGACAAAUCUAUAUGUGCUGUAGGAACAUUGAUUAAGUUUUAAGCCCCAGAAAUAUGGUUUAUAAAAGCAAAUCCAUGCUUGUAUUUGAAAUUGAAAUUUGAAAUUGAAAUUUGAUGGCCACUGGGAAAAAGAGGAAGUGAAAGACGAUUUGCUAUCUAUGUUAGCAAAAGGAUUAGGAUUGUAUUUUUUAAAGACACCUAGAGAAAUAUGUUAUAAAAUUUCCAUUUUAAGGAACAAAUUGUGGUUUCUCCCAGCAAUGCAGAAAUAUUGCUCCACCUUCUGGCCAUAAAAAUAACCCUGUGCUGACAUGUUUAUAUGUUUUAACCUUAAAAUUUCUGGCAGAGAAAUACUCCCGCUAAAGUCCUUAGAACUCUCAUUUCAGCUAACUUCAUGAAGUUAAUGUCCCUGCCACCCAUUCUUCUGGUAUUUGUAAAGAAGUGGAUCCACUGUUUAAUCAUGUCUAUAAUGUUUAUAGACUCACCACAAAUUCUAACGGGCUUUGACUGCUCAGAACAAUACUUGAACGCUUCGCAUCAGAUUUCCUUGAAACCGUAGGAGGAGUUCUGCACAGUGUCUGUACUUUUAUAAAAUACAGUUGAGAAUAUGUUACCCUCUCCAUCUCUCUUCAGGAUGUCCUAUGUAUCAGUUUGACUGACUGGGCUUCGUUCCAUCGUCCUUACUCCAGUAUCAGUAUAGCCUUAGCCAACUGUCUACACGAGCCAAAGGAAGUACGGAUCUAAAACAAUUUUCUGAAUAAUUUAGGUGGAAAUUUCUGAGUACAAGGAAGAUUUUAUUCCUCUGCUGUAACUAACUAGAUUGCUUAUCAAAACGGCUGAGUGAUCAGAAUUCACAUUAAAAUCUUAUUUCACACUUACCUACUUAAAAAAUUGAAGUUGGACUCCAACCAAGAAAUAAAUCAUGUUGAAUCUAUGUGUAACGAAAGACAACUAUAUUACCAAAUUUCAAAUUCGUACAAAAACUCUAGGUUGACAUUACAACCUGAAGUUGAGGCUCAUUCUUUCUGACCUGAGACUGAUACUUAUGAAAACCUGUGAUCUGUGGAGGAAGGAUAGCAAAGAUAGGGAGAAAGGAAUUGCCAGAAAAGAAGAAUCAAAUGAUUUCUUGUGCAAAGGAUUGUUGUUUAAAUUAGAAAGCUAUCAGAAAUAAACCAGUGGAAAUGAAAUUAGCUAAAGGGCUUAAUCUAAGAUUGCAAAUGUCAAACAGGUUGCUCUUGUGCAAGUAUGCCACUUGCAUGUGCUAAGGCCCUGGUACUAUUCAUAGGGAGAACUUUGUUUCUGUGGUUUUAAAAUGCCACACCGAUUCCUUAUGGACCAGCAUAAUUGGCACAUUUUAACGCAUAAGCUGAGGGUUUCAUUUUCCCGGGUUUCUUCCCCAUCACUUUGCGGGCACCUGGAGCCUCCCUGAUAGGAGUUGAGAUGACAGUGUUUCCCACUACAUUUAGAUUCAGAGAAUCUGAAUGGCUGAUUAAAUGGCCAUCUGAUGGCUGAGAAAGGGGGAUAUUUUUCACCCUGUAGUGAAAGGCUUGGAGGAGUUUCUACUUUUUAUUUUAAUUAUACUUUAACCAAAGAAUUAUUUUAAAGUAAUCUUAUAUUUGAAAGAUGAUUUUGCAAAAAAAAAAAAAAAAAUUUAAAAUGCCUUCUGGAAUAUCAAUUUGAUAAUUCAUUGUUGAUCAUUUGCUUGUCAGCAGUGUCUGGGACACAUAUAGACUGUCCUCCUAUUUGUGUGUAGCAUUGCCAUAGAUGUUUCUUUUCCACUCAACUGGCUGUAUUCGUAUUAAAAUGAAGUCUCUUAUUUCAAUUACCUAGUGUCAUUGAGAACGAAUUGAACAGCAAGAGGAGAAGUUCCUAUCGCUUUGCCUUUGUAGAAAAGCUUCCCUAUGCGGUAACCUAGGCACCCCUCACACCAGUGUUUAAAUCUAAAAGCGGUGAUGAAUUGCUCUUUUGAAUUUACUCUGAGUCGUGCAUGUGUUAGAAUACAGAUGAACCUCCGUUUAAUUUUCACAGGCUUCGGCAGUCAACCGCACCAGAUCGACACCACAAAGUUAGAUGAUGAGGCUCUGGGGUGAUUUGCAUUUAAAUUAUAAUCCAGCUUGCAUGUGAGAAGCAAAAGGCUGGUCUGAGGAGCCUGCCUUGCGGGGGCGGGGGGGGGGGCCGGGCGGGCGGAUUGAGACUGGUGGAGGAGGGUGAGGGACAGAGGAGGAAAGAGCGAUUUAACAUCAAUUUGGGUUAACGUUGACUUUACAAAGGUGACAGGAGUGUUUUGUUAGGCAAUGGCAGAUGCUUUUCAUUUUUUAAACACGGGAUUAAAAUUGGAUUUGCUUCUCUUUAACACUUCAACGUAUUGAAUUUUCCUAGCAAAGUGACUAGGUAUCAUGAAAAUUUAAAGAAAGGGGAGAAAAAGAUUGCCUCUAAGCGCAGAGGAACUAACUUGAUCUUUAAAUAUGUGUAAUAUUAGUUUUGGUGUAUGUAGGCUUACAGCUGUAGUGAUGAGUAGUCAAAUUUAAUAUACAAUCAGUUCUUACAAAUAUUGUACCCAGUAUUACUUAGCUGCCAUAACUCACAAAGAAAUCAGAAUUCUGCAGCUGUUCAGCUAUUCAUGGACUCUAUACAGAAUACAUAUGUAUAAAGAAAAAUGUGUAGUAGUUCUUUUGUUGAUUGCCAGUAAGACAGGAACACCACCCCAAAGCUUUUUGGUUAUGCAUAGAUCAUUCUAAACCUGCUAUGUGGGGGAGGCAUAUGGUUUCUCAUAUAUCGGAUUCUUGUAUUAAUUUUUUCUAUGUGAUUCCAGUGUAUUUAUUUGAAAAAAUAGUUUGUAUUCACAAAAAAAGAAAACCACACCUAUCUGUAUUGUUAGAUUCCUUGUACAUUCCCUGUGCCAUUUGUGCUUUCCUGGCAGAGCCUGCCCCUGCUGAUACAGCUAUGGCACUGUUGUAACCAGCCUGGUCCGUCCCAGGCCCAUCACCACUGAAAUGGUUCAUAGAGAUUUAAUAAACAGAAACUGCGUCCUCAGUUGCUCCAGAGCAAUCGCAUAUUAAA